CUACAGUAGGUGAUCUGCUAAAGUCAGUUCAAGGUUUCAGCUCCAAUUUUCCGGUAAUCCCCUGACCUUUUGCCCCUAGCUGUUUUUUCAGAUUCCGAUAAGAUGGGCUUCUCUUGCAGCAAGCAGUCAAAGCGUGCUGCUAUAUUUAUACAAUGUGCGAAUGUACGGAGGAUGUCCCGAUUAUGGAUAUAACGACACCAAGAAACGCCUCACUUAGCGGAUUUUACAAGCGGAGCUUCGCGUACUUCACAAUUAAAGAACGUCUACCGCGAAUACUAACACAAUCCAUCGACAUUCUCGUGCGUAAGAAAGAAGAGAUCGGGAAGGAGUACGGGGAGAACGCGAAGGAGGAGCUGAAGACCGUAAUCGGCGAGAUAUCGAAGCUGAAGUACGAAAUUCAAACCAACAAACCGAUGCAGGAGAUCAGAUCUGACGCGCCCGACGCUAAGCUCUACAACGAAUUCGUGCUGCAGCAGCCGAACAAGACGUACUUUACGGCGGUCUGGUUGCACGCCGAAUGCUACAUGUACAGGCGAAUUCGCGAGAUUUUCGAACAGACGCAAUCCUUGCAGUCGUACGACCUCUUUCAAAUACAAAAGCGGUCUUCUUUCGAAGCAAAUUUGGCAGCUGUGUUGCAGCUAAGCAAGUAUUUGGUGCUCAAGCUUGCCGAUGGUCAGGAUGUCAAGUCGGAGUUUAUUAAGCUUCUUAAAUUGAACCUGUGGGGCAACCAAUGUGACCUGUCGUUCUCGAGCGGUAUUGUCGAAGACUGCAGCGAUUGGUUUCAAAUUCUCGACAGUUUGCAACCGAACAUCGUCAGCGACCAAUCCGAGGACGUUUGGAGCGCCGUUUCGGACACGAACGGGUCGCAAAUAAUCGAUAUCGUGCUGGACAAUUCCGGUUACGAGCUCUUCACCGAUCUGUGUCUGGCGGACUUUUUAAUUACGCACAAGUUCGCGCGGUCGAUUCGAAUUUACGUGAAAAACAUGUCGUGGUUCGUCUCCGACGUGAUGAAGCGCGAUUUCGAUUGGACCCUACGGCAGCUGCUCGCUAGCGACGACAAAGAUAUGAAGUAUCUGGGAGAACGUUGGACCAAGUACCUCGUUGACAAAGUAUGGGUGAUUAUCGAAGACGAUUUCUUCACACUGCCUCACGAUUACUCACUAAUGGCGGCUACGGCACCAGCUCUCUACCGCCAGAUGGCGCAGGCGAAGGUGGUCAUUUUCAAAGGCGAUUUGAAUUACCGCAAGCUACUGGGGGAGAAGAAUUGGGAGCCUUCGACUCCUUUCAAUGUGGCACUACAAGGAUUUGGACCUUCCAAGGUUGUCAGUCUGCGGACCGUCAAGUGUCAGCUGAUUUGCGGUUUGGAGCCUGAAGUAGCCGAAGCAUUGUCUUCCAAAGAUCCGGACUGGGAGUCGACCGGAAAAUAUGGAGUGAUACAAUAUUGUGAUGAUAUUAGGAAAUUGGAUUAACUUCGAGUUUUAUUGACUAGCACCUGCUACAUAUCCUAAUGAAAUGCCAUAUUUUAUUUAUUGUUUGCUUAAUAAAAUUUCCUAUUUUGUGUUGUUCA